AUGGGAAUUUCGCGACGCUCCCAACCUGCUCUCCGGGGAGGGCGGGGGAGUGCUGCAAGGGGCCAUCGCGCAAGGGCCUGGCCCCCCGAGGUGACCUGCGCGGGCCUCUCUUCUCUAGUGAAGAAGGACGACGAGGCCUUUGAGAUCUCCAUCCCCUUCGAGGGGGCGCCCCACCUAGACCCUCAGAUCUUUUACAGUCUGAGUCCUUCUCGGGGAAACUUUGAGGAGCCCCCGGAGGCCGCGUCCCCCACGCUGGCCCUGAUGAACGGGGUCAAGGCCCAGCUGCACAUGGCCCUGGAGAGGAACUCCUGGCUGCAGAAGCGGAUUGAGGACCUGGAGGAAGAGCGGGACUUCCUGCGGUGUCAGCUGGAUAAGUUCAUUUCCUCAGCCCGGAUGGAUGCAGAGGACCACUGCCGCAUGAAGCCUGGGCCAAGGCGGGGGGAAGGGGACAGCUGGGCUGGGGCUGGGGGCGAGGCCUCAGACCCCGAGUCUGCCGCCUCCUCGCUCAGUGGGGCGUCUGAAGAAGGCAGUGCCAGUGACAAGAAGAGGCAGAAGCAGAAGGGAAGUGCCAGUCGGAGACGCUUCAGGAAGCCCAAGGCCCGGGAGAGGCAACGGGUGAAGGACGCCGAUGGGGUCCUCUGUCGGUACAAGAAGAUCCUGGGCACCUUCCAGAAGCUGAAGAGCAUGUCUCGGGCUUUUGAGCACCACCGCGUGGACCGCAACACUGUGGCGCUGACCACGCCUAUCGCGGAGCUGCUCAUCGUGGCCCCAGAGAAGCUGGCCGAGGUGGGCGAGUUCGACCCUUCCAAGGAGCGCCUGCUUGAGUAUUCCCGCCGCUGCUUCCUGGCGCUGGACGAGGAGACGCUCAAGAAGGUGCAGGCGCUCAAGAAGAGCAAGCUGCUGCUGCCCAUCACCUACCGCUUCAAGCGGUGAUGCCGCCCCGCUGCCCCCGCCCCGCGGACCCUCUGCUCCCGGAUCCCGGGCCGGGCGGCCUCUCUGCACCAGGCCUGUCCCUGCCCAGCGGGGCUGUCACCUGUCUCACCCGACCCCGCGGGGGCCGGCCUCAUUCCAUGUGAGACAGAAUUAUUCAGAGCAUUUAAAUUAAAGAGACGUGAAAAUUUGGAGUACACUGGGCCCCCGAUGUUCCUC